GAAAAUGUCGAGUUUACUUUUGUGGCGGGUCAUUACCGGAAAUAGCCUCAACACCUCAGCAAAAUAAAAGGCCAAUCAUCCACCACCCGAGUAAUGCAGAAUACCGCCAACUGGCAAUGCAAACUGCUGAAGAUCCUUGGUCCAGACAACAUCCCAGGGUAUGAUAAGGUACUUGAACUUGCUGAGUUCUUAGUUGAGUUGCGGCACAAGAGAGCCUUAAGUUCCAGCAUGCUUCAACGACUUAUCUACCUGUGGGAACACUUGUCAACUUUCGACAAGAAGCGGACGAUAUUCCCCAAACGCUUUACACAGAAGCCAUGGUCAGGGAAGUUUGGUGGGAGAGGAAAGAAGGUUUUGCAAGGGGUAGAAAGUAUAACAAAAGUCCGCCUUGGACCAAACCAAGGGCCAGGCCAGUGGCCAAAUUGUAACAGAUACACUGAGGCGACAUGUGAGCUUCUAUUGAAGGUCUACCCUUGGGAUCAAAAGCUGGAGGGACGUUAAUGGAUGCGAUGGCUUCUUGUCCUCCAGGCUUUUCAUCAUAUCAGACAAGUAAUCGUCAAAUCUACACAUGCGAUGGAGAAAACAGACAUCCAACUUCCCCUUCUAAAUAAAAAGACACUACAGCAGUGGUACAACAAAUAUGAUAAAGCUCAAGAGCAGCAGGUCCUCUUGCAGGGCCUCAAGAUGCCCAAACCGUCAAUGAUAGGGAAUACCUUGCCAGAGGCCUGUCAGAAACCAGCAGUAUUGCCUUCACCUAGGGGUCAAAACUUUGAAUUUCAAAGUCCAACAUGUAUUGCUGGCCUGGCACGCAAGAGGACUGGAUCAAAGAGGAAAGCAGAAACAGAAAGACCUAUUACACUUGUCACAAUUUUACCAGCAUUCAAACAUCCAAUUUUUAUUCAGUAAUCACCAAUCAUCGCUCUCCCAGACCAGCCAUCUUUACCCCCAGCUACAGACACUAAAAAGAAAAAUGCCAGAAAAUACACAAUGGCAGACUUUGUUAAAUACAGUAAAUGUGGAGAAACCGGAGGAAACAAUCGGAAACACACCAGUCGUACAUGUUCCACAUCUACUGCAAAGCAUCGGAAGCAAUUUAAAGAAUGGCGGAAACAAAUAAAAGACAAGAAAGAUCAAGACAAAAUGACAAAGAAAGAAAAAUAAUUUAUCACUCAAGAAAUCAUUGUAACUUAAAUAAUAACAUAAUGCAUAAGAGCUUCAUAGCCUUGCAAAUGGACUCUCAAAGACCAUAAUGCAAAGAACAUUUGUCUGAAAAGUCAUCCAAAUAGAAGUAGUCCUUAACAUAGUAGUUAUAACCUUAAAAAUGGACACCCAAACAAAUUAAUCCAAGGAACAUCUGUGUGAAGUGUCAACCAAAUAGAUUUAAUUCUAAGCGUAAUGGCUGUGACCUUCUUGAUCUUGUAAAUCGACCCCAAAGAACUUAAUCCAAGGAACAUUUGAGUCAAGUGUUUUUUGAAUAGAUUAAGUGCAUAGCGUGGUGGCUGUGACAUUCAUGACCUUGUAAAUCGACCCCAAAGAAUUGAAUCCAAGGAACAUUUGAGUGAAGCGUCUUUCAAAUAGAUUACCUAAGUGCGUAGCGUGGUGGCUGUGACCUUCAUGCCCUUUAAAACCAACUUGGUACAAAGCAGAAGUAAUCCAAGGAUAUAUAAACCGAGCGAAAUGGAUGAA